AUGAAGGGUGGUGCCGACCCGGAGGAAAUGAUGAGACAAAUGUCUAUUCCCGAUCUGGCGCAGAAGCUAGACCAGGCCGAGAGCACCUUCGGCCAAGUGCAUCCUCAGGUGGCGGCAGCGCUAAUUCCCUUGUCUCAGGCGCUCUACGCGAACGGAGAUUUGGGCCCUGCUAGGCAAUCGUGCACGCGUGCUCUCCAGAUUUUGCAGAUGGCGUAUAAGGAAAGGCCAUCGGUCGAGAUGGCAGAGGCGCUCCACACGCUGGCAAUGAUACAGCAGGCGGAGAGCCCGGAAGUGGGAGACAAGGCUUUGGGAUCGCAGAACAUGGCGUUAGAGCUUGCGAUGCGUGUGUUCGGUCCAGAUUCGGUAGAGGUUGCAGCAUACGCCCGCUGCUUGGCUCAGAUGUCCGAGGACUAUUCCCAGUUCCUAUCCCCUGGUCUUCCGCGGCCGUUCUACAUGCCCAACCCGAUACCGCUGUACCGCCAGACGCUCUCCAUAAUCGAGAAAGUCAUCGGACCCAAAGACCCUUCGGUGGCGUCCGCUUUAGAUGAUUUGGCCAGCGCCCUUCUUUUCCAUCGCGACGAUGACUACACGGAAAUGAAAGCAGUGACUCUUCUCCCGGAGGCAGAAACCCUCGCCGCUCGCUCUCUCGCUAUUUCGAGGGCGUCCCUUGGCGAGGAACACCCGAUAACGGCGGGAAGAGAACAUAACCUGGGCAUGAUCAAGAGAGGACUACAGAAGCCUAAAGAAUCAUUGGAUUGCUUCCGACGCGCGCUCGCGAUUCGGGAAAAGGUUUUGGGGGUAGAUCACCCAGACUCGAAAUCCUCGCGGGAGCUUGUGGAAGAAGAGGAGAGCGGUACGGCGCCACCACCCUGA